AUGUACAUUGUGAAGUUCGAAUUUUUGGUCAAACCGUUCUCCCUUUUUAUCACUUUUGUUUAUGGAUGUAAUACGGGUACAGAACGGCGUGAACUUUGGCGGGCUUUUGGGGAAUUUCAUGCCUUCAGUCAGAGGAAAGCAUGGAUUGCUAUGGGUGACUUUAAUUCGAAGCUUUUUCCUCAUGAUGGGUUGGGGGGUUCCUCCAGGAGGAAUUAUGACAUGGAGGAGUUUCAUAUCUGUCUGGAGGAGGCUGAAUUAUUUGAUAUUUUGUAUCAAGGGUGUCAAUUUACUUGGAUCCAGAAACCAUCAGGGGGAGAGGGUGGUAUGAGAAAACUUGAUCGUAUUUUGGGCAAUUCGAAUUUUAUCACUAGAUUUAGGGAUGCUUCGGCUUUCUUUGAACCUAGGGGGAUUUCUGACCAUUCUCCGGGCAUUCUUUCUUUCCGUGUUGGAAGACGUAUUCGACAGCGUGGCUUUAAGUUUGAGAAUUUUGUGACCUCUCAUAAGGACUUCCUUGCUUCGGUGGAGGAUGUAUGGUCGAAGCCCCAGAAUGGAUCUUACAUGAAGAGGGUUCUACGGAAAUUGAAAGAUCUCAAGGUGGUUUGUCGGCGUCUCCGCAAUUCGUAUGGCUGUUUGGAUAAAAGGGUUGUUCAGCUAAAGACGGAACUUGAUGUUGCACAAUUGGCUUGUGAUAUUGACCCGUUUAAUGAUUUGCUAAAGGAGGACAUCGCUCACCUCUUAUUAGCUUAUCAAGAAGCUAGGAGUAAUCAGGUGGAAUUGGCUCGACAAAAAGCGAAGAUAUCUUGGCUAAAUGAAGGGGAUGGUAAUUCUAAAUUCUUCUUUCAUGCUAUGAAAGAAAAGCGCAAUCGGAAUCAUAUAGCCAUGAUCAGGGAUUCGGCUGGCAUAAUCUAUGAGCAUCAGGAGAUUAUUGCUGAUCGGAUGAAAGGUUCGCUGCAUGUACUUGUUAGUAAGGCUCAAUCUGCGUUCAUUCCUGGGCGCCAAAUCACUGAUAAUAUCUUAAUGGCUCAUGAACUAGUUGCUGGGUAUCAGAGAUCGGAAGGAGAACCUAGAUGUGCUUUCAAGAUUGAUAUUCGUAAGGCAUAUGACACAGUUGAAUGGAACUUUCUUUUAGAGAUGCUGAAGGGAAUGGGUUUUCACCCAGUCAUGAUAAACUGGAUCAAGACUCUGAUCACGACUCCCUCUUAUUCUAUUUGUGUAAAUGGACAGCCGAAGGGUUUUUUUCAUGGUAAACGGGGCCUUCGACAAGGCGAUCCUCUCUCCCCUUAUCUGUUCACUGUUGUUAUGGAGGGUCUCUCGAUGCUUCUUUUGAAGUGUAUAGAGGAAGUGGUUAACUUUUCGUAUCAUCAAGGUUGUGCGGAUAUUAAAUUGACUCAUUUAUGCUUUGCUGAUGACUUGUUUAUCUUUUCUAAAGGGGACCUUAUUUCGGUGGAGGUUAUUAAACGUGGUUUACUAUUGUUUGAAGAACGAUCGGGCUUAUCGCCAAGUCUGGAGAAGAGUGAGGUGUUCUUCGGGAAUGUUUCAAUGGAGGAUCAGAGCCAUAUUCGUGAAAGCUAA